CCUUGCGUCGUCGCGCCGCCUAGAUACGGGUGUCGGGUGAAGCCGGGAGCGGUGAUGUGUCUCCUGCUCGGGGCCACGGGUGUCGGCAAGACGCUGUUGGUGAAACGCCUGCAGAAGCUGAGCUCCCGGGAUGGGAAGGGCGACCUGGGCGAUCCUCCCCCGACGCGGCCCACGGUGGGCACCAACCUUACGGACAUCGUGGCCCAGAGCAAGAUCACCAUCCGGGAGCUGGGGGGUUGCAUGGGUCCCAUCUGGCCCAGUUACUAUGGAAACUGUCGUUCUCUUCUAUUCAUGAUGGACGCCUCCAACCCCACACAGCUGUCUGCCUCCUGCGUGCAGCUCCUGGGUCUCCUUUCAGCAGAAGAGCUUGCAGAAGCAUCAGUUCUGAUACUGUUCAAUAAAAUUGACCUGCCCUGUUACAUGACCACGGAGGAGAUGAAGUCGUUGAUCAGGCUCCCAGACCUCGUUGCUUGUGCCAAGCAGAGUAUCACCACGGUGGAAAUCAGCGCCCGGAAUGGCACUGGCUUGUCGGAAGUGCUGCGUUGGCUCCAGGACACCCACAGAGCUAACGGUUGACUUCAGGGCGGAGGAGCAUGGCUGGCCUGCUCUAUGGCAAGAAGGCAGAGGCGGCACUGCCUGGCUUCUGCGGUCUCUUGCUUCCAUAAGGGCAGGAUGGCCCAGUGUGAGCCCCAGGAGAUGUGCUGAGUGCACGCAGGUCACAGAGCCUGCUGACUGUCCUCUGGCUCCUGCACUCAGAGAGGAGGACAGGCCUGCCCAGUGGCUUGUGUCCUGCUGCUAUCCUGGGGCGGUUCUACUGGGGUCUGUCCCCCUCUCCCUAGGGGAUCUGCUCUGUCUACUGCCGUACAAGUUCCAGCCUGUUGGGUUUCAGAUACACCGACAGUGGGAUCCCUGCAGACAACAGGAGGUACACGAAUCAAGUGUUAUAGCAAGAACUAAGCUUUGAGCUGGAAGCAGUAAAUGUUCAUUACCCAGAGGAGCCUGGAGGGCACAGGGUUCCCACAGGUAGUCCAUGGUGGGGAAGCCGUGGUGGAAGGUACCGACCAGCUCGUGGCCAGGCCCUUGGGCCGCAGUUCCCCAGGAUUCCACUGUGUCCUUUUGUCUCAGCCGAGGCCGCUUGCAGCAAAACACCCAGUUAUCGAUGCAUUUGUGUCCUAGGCCCUGUAACGGAUUAGCACAAACUGUGGCUGUAGCUGCAUAAACUUAGGGUCACAGUGCUGGCCUGAAAUGCAGGUAUCAGCAGGCUUGGUUCCUGUGGGGGGCUCCGUGAGAGAAUCCGUUCCUUGUCUCUUCUGGCUUCAGUGGCUGCUGGUGAUGCUUGGUGUCUUUGGCUGGUGGCUUGCAGGACUUGAAUCUUUGCCUCUGUCUUCACAUGGUCAUCUCUCUUCUUAUGAGGAUGCCUGUCAUUGGAUUUGGGGCCCAGAGUGAUCUCAUCUCAGGAUCCGUAAUUAUACAUGUAAAGACCCUUUUCUCACAUUUGAGUCUUCCGGGGGUUAUGACUUGGAUAUACCUUUUCAAGCCAUUGUUCAACAUGCUGUGAUCCUGUAAGAUA